GUGGCGCGCGAGAGGCGGUGCGACUGUCAGUCAAUUGUGUUCUUGUCCUCGUUAAAAAGUCGGCUGUUGUUGCUGUGACUGAAAUCAGACGAAUCCUGUGGCUGCGAACAGUUCGCGCCGACGCAUGAACGGGUUGGUUCAUCCGUCUCCCACACCACACCGCCGCGGCGCGAAUCCGGUCCCCUCUGCACUCUGACACCGAGGUGUUCCGGGCGGGCACAGAGCGGCGCGGUUUCGGGUAGCCCUGGUAACCUCAUAGACAACGCUAGAUUUCCUUUCCUGCAACAGCUGCUCGCUUUCAGCGCGCAAGGACGCUGUACGCACGUUUGGAUGCCUUGACCGCUUCCAGAGAGCCAGGCUGGAGAUAGUGAGGACUUGUUGCGCGUCUCCGGGGGAGCGCACCGGUCCCGGUUUUACCGGUCCCGCUUCAGUCUGAACCUGCCUGUGAUGCUCGGGUUUUAGAUGUGCCGUGCAGCGCUAACACAAACAGCCUAAAGUCAGCGCGGACGGCUUCUCUGGAACUAUGAAAUCCUGCUCAUAAAUAGGCAAAUUGAGCUGACCAGUUUGCGCCAGGCAGACGGAGCCGCUUCUAUUAUCAAUGGCAUCAAACUUUAUCCAGGUCUCAACUUGUCAAUUGCUUAAAUUCUUCCCAGCCCGCUUGUUCUGAACUGAGCCUUCUCCUUCUGACCACCGACAUGUCUGAGCAUGAUGGAUGUGGAGAUGGGCUGUGCAGCGACGGAGCGCCGGAUUUCAUUCCGCCGAGAGUGUCCCGAGGCCGGCGCAGCGGUGUUAUCCUUGCCGGCGGUGGAGGCGGCGGCCAGGACUCAGACACCAUCCUGCUGGAGACCGUGAAGGCAGCACCCCGCCGCAGCAGCAUCAUUAAGGAUCCCUCAGUGCAGAAGGUGGGCGGAGGAAGGAAGAAGACAGUGUCCUUCAGCAGCAUGCCCUCUGAGAAAAAGGUAAGCAGUGCAGCUGACUGCUUAGCUUUCAUGCAAGGUGGGUGUGAGCUGAAGAAGAUUCGACCCAACUCCAGGGUGUACUGUCGUUUCUACACCUUGGACGCAGACCUGAGCUGCCUUCGCUGGGAGCCAUCCAAGAAGGAUGCAGACAGGGCUAGACUGGACGUCUCCAGCAUUAGAGAGGUCCGCACUGGGAAGAGUACAGAGACUUUUCUUCAUAAUGGUCCUCUGCUUGAACACCUGGCUGAGGAAGCAGCCUUCUCCAUCAUACAUGGUGAUGAGUACCAGUCUCUAGACCUGGUGGCAUUGUCGGCUGAUGUUGCCAACAUCUGGGUGACAGGCUUGCGGUACCUUCUUGCCCAUCCUUCAUUCAUUGGAGGGGCUGGAGGAGUAGGAGGAGGGCCGAGUGAUGGAGGCAGUUUAGCGGUGGAAGGCAGCUUGGGAAGCAAGAUGAGGAGCGAAUGGCUGACAGCAGAGUUUGCACAGGUUGAUGAAGAUGGCUAUGGGAUUGUAUCAGAGGAUGUGGCGGUCGCCACAGUCUGCAAACUGUGCCCUGGCAUCAAGGAGGCCAAGGUCCGCCUACGAUUUAAGGAGAUCCAGCGCAGCAAGGAGAAGCUCACCUCCCAUGUGACACGGGAGGAAUUUCAGGAGGCCUACUGUGAGCUUUGCACCCGACCUGACGUUUAUUUCCUGCUGGUUCAACUGUCCCAGGACCGUGAGUGCCUGGACCCUCAGGACCUCCGCCUCUUCUUAGAGACGGAGCAAGGAUUGUCUUUGGCUACAACCGAGGGCUGCUGGGAGCUCCUGAAGCGCUACGAGCCCUCAGCCCACGGCAGAGAGAGGGGACUGCUUGGCUUGGAUGGAUUCGCUCAGUACCUGCAGUCACCCGAGUGUCAGGUGCUCGACCCGGAGCACCUGGGGGUUUGCCAGGACAUGAAUCUGCCACUGUCCCAUUAUUACAUCAGUACUUCGUACCGCUCCUACCUGCUGGAUGACCAGGUCCACGGCAGAGCAGACCUUGGGGGGCUGAUCAAGGCUCUGCAGUCCGGCUGUCGAUGCCUGGAGCUGGGUGUGACUGAUGGCCCAGAGGGCGAGCCUCUACUUGGGGUUGACUUUGGGCCUGAUAUCUCUCGUCACCAUCAUCACCAUCAUCACCACCACCAUGCGCCCAUUACUAUCCGCUCUGCACUGGAGGUGGUCAAUAAAUAUGCCUUCCUGACAUCUCAGUACCCACUCCUGUUGUACUUGUGUCACCGAUGCUCACCGGGUCAGCAGCGCACCAUGGCACACCACCUAAAGAAGGUGUUCGGAUCCCGGCUUUACACACCUGAGGCGCUACAUGUGAGCCUGGGAGGGCGGGCCACCACUCUUCCCUCCCCUGAGCAGCUGAAGGGAAAGAUCCUUAUUGUAGGGAAGAAGCUCCCUCCAGAGGAGGAGGGCUCUGAUGGGGAGGUAUCUGAGGAGGAUGAGGAAAUAGGAGGAGGGGGGCCCUUGGCAGGAAGAAGAAUGACCAUCCCUGGAGAGGAGGAACUGGGAGUGGUGUUGGUGGUACCUCCUCCGUCUCAGCCCAGAAAGCUCAGUCUCAACAAAGAGAUGUCAGACCUGGUGGCAGUUGCUCGGACCAGCAGCCGCAGCUUUUAUGCUCAAAGAGGAAGUUACAAGCAGACUCAGCAGCAGUCUCCUCCCAGCAGCCCUUCGUCCCCUGGCUCGCCAAUUCCUCCUGAGCUGCCUUACUGGACAAUGUGCUCCCUGGGUGAAGGAGAGGCUGGACGGCUGACCAGCGAAAGCCCAGAGGACCUUGUUAUGUUCACCAAGCGAACCCUAACCAGGGUACGUCCCAGCUCAGUGCGUCUGGACUCCAGCAACCCCAACCCUCAAGGAUAUUGGAAAGGAGGGGUCCAGCUAGUGGCCUUAAACCAGCAGACUCCAGGCGCCAUGUUGGACCUUCAUCGAGGCCGCUUCUCACAGAACGGUGGGUGUGGUUAUGUCCUACGGCCGGCUGUGAUGAGGGAUGAGGUGUCGUAUUUCAGUGCCCACACCCAUGGUUGCGUGCCAGGAGUCCCACCUCAAACUCUGCGCAUUAAGGUGAUCAGUGCCCACAACCUGCCCAAGCCUCAGGGGUCAGGGGCCAAGGGGGAGGUCAUUGACCCAUAUGUUGUGUUGGAGCUGCACGGCGUUCCGGCUGAUUGUGCCGAGCAGCGAACACGCACCGCUGCUCAGAACCAGGACGAACCAAUGUUUGAUGAGACCUUUGAGUUUCAGGUUAACAUGCCUGAGCUGGCCUUGCUGCGCUUUGUCGUGUUGGAUGAUGACUACAUCGGUGACGAUUUCAUCGGCCAGUACAGUGUGGCCUUUGAGUGCCUUCAGCCAGGUUACCGUAACGUGCCCCUGCUGGGCUUGGGGGGAGACCCCUUACCACACACCAGCCUUUUUGUUCACGUGGCCAUCACUAACCGGCGAGGAGGAGGGAAGGCCCAACGCCGAGGCCUGUCAGUGAGGAGGGUGGGGCGACGAGGGAGGGAGUACGUCUCUCUGAGGCACACUGGCAUCAAAGUGUUGGACGAGGUUUUCAAACAAGCAAGUGGUCCCCUCAAAGAGGCGACCGACCUGCGAGAGGAUGCUCAGUGCUCCACGGCCAGUUUCAAGGAUCAGUGUGGGCUCCCCACUGUGGCCAAACUGAAACAGUGCAUCCAGAGCCUGGCUACGAGGUUUCAGAACUCCGAGGGGGCCAUGGGAGCUGCCAUGGUGCUGAGGGAGGGCUACCCCUGUCUGGAGCCGCUGGUCAGCCUCUCUGAGGCGACUCGCAAACUACUCUCUGCCUAUGACAUGAUGAUCACUGCCCAGAAACAGCUUAUUGAGAACGCAGACAGUGUUCAGGAAAGGAUCUACCAGGUGCACAGAGAAGGAAUGGACCUCCAUGAGGAUCUCUCCCGGCUCUGUGAGAAGGAGGGACUGAAGGGACGGAAGUUGAACAAGGCUGUGGAGAGUUUCACCUGGAACAUCACUGUGCUCAAGGGGCAGAGUGACCUGUUACGUGGAGCUAAGAUGGACUCCCUGGACGCCCUGCGACAACUGGCUCUGGCCUGUGAAGCCUGUGGACUCACCUCCUCCCCCUCCAACUCCUCCAACAGCUUCUCCACGGCCGAGCUCCACUACUCAUCCCAACCCACGUCAGGGAGAAGGAGCAGCACCCACGGCAACGGGCGCAUCUGACACACUCACCAAGAAAUGUAUAAAAAGAAAAGUGGGAGGAGCCUGUUUUUUUUUUCUUUUAUUUCCGGCAGAGUUACCCUUUAAGCAGUGUAGUGGACUGAAGCCUUAUUGUGGUGGUAAUGGUGCAGCCAGCAGAGAGACUCAUGGAUGUUUGCAACAAAAGAAAACUUUGGUGGCUCAUCUCAGACUGUGAUUCUGCAGGAUUUCCAUCAUUGGAAAGGAAAGCAGCAGUAUAGUCAGGGCCAUCAUUGAACUGAGGCAGAACAGAAGGAAAUGAAUGUAGAGCAACCUCCACAUUUCAGCUCGUACCUGUUUGUUUCACUGUGGUGUAAAUGUGAGAGAGACGAGAUUGAAGAAGACUUUUGGUGUUUCUCCACUCAUUCACUAACAAGUUUUAUUGUUCUUCUGCUUUUGUUGUUAGAUGUAACUGCAGUUAAUUGUUAAUAUCAAGAACUAAAGAGUUGGUAAAAGCAA